UGCAGCCAAUGGGAGAUGGCGCUGGCUAGCGGCUGGAAGGCGGGGCCUGCGCGGGUGUUAGGUUAGCGCGAGGCGUGACCUAGUUGACAGGCUCCGAGGUGCUGCUGUGACUGCAUCCGUGGAGCUGAGUCGGGUGGGAACCGAAGCUGAGCGCGGGCUUAGGGAGGAGGGCGACUACUGGAGAGGUGCCAGAGGCGUGGGACGCGGAGCCUUUUUCACUUUUUCCCCCCCGAGUGCCCCCUCCCACCCCUCCCACUCCACACCACCCUGUUUGCCCGUGAGCCUGGGGAACUUGCAGCUUAAAGCCAGCCACCCCCACGGCAACAUGUACCCCAGCAACAAGAAGAAAAAGGUGUGGAGAGAGGAGAAAGAACGCUUACUGAAGAUGUCCCUAGAGGAAAGACGUAAAGAAUACAUGAGGGACUAUGUUCCCUUGAACACUAUCCUAUCAUGGAAGGAGGAGGUGAAGGGCAAGAGCCAAAAUGAUGAAGAAAAUACUCAGGAAACAUCACAGGUGAAGAAAAAUUUGAAUGAAAAAGUUUCUCUCUAUAGAGGUGACAUCACAUUGCUAGAGGUAGAUGCGAUAGUCAAUGCAGCAAAUGCCAGUCUCCUUGGAGGAGGAGGUGUGGAUGGCUGUAUUCACAGAGCAGCCGGCCCUUGUUUGCUGGCUGAGUGUCGUAACCUGAAUGGCUGUGAAACUGGACAGGCGAAAAUCACAUGUGGCUACGACCUGCCUGCAAAAUAUGUCAUCCACACUGUAGGGCCGAUAGCAAGGGGCCAUAUUAACGGCUCCCACAAGGAGGACCUUGCAAAUUGCUAUAAAUCAUCUCUGAAGCUGGUGAAAGAAAAUAACAUCCGAUCAGUUGCAUUUCCUUGCAUUUCAACUGGCAUUUAUGGUUUUCCGAAUGAGCCUGCUGCAGUGAUUGCCCUCAGCACCGCUAAGGAAUGGCUAGCCAAGAAUCACCAUGAGGUGGAUCGAAUCAUCUUCUGUGUCUUCCUAGAAGUUGACUUCAAAAUCUACAAAAAGAAAAUGAAUGAAUUUUUCCCUGUAGGUGAUAAUGAAGAAAAAGAUGUUGACAUGAAAGAAGAUUCAGAUGAGAAUGGUCCAGAGGGAAAACAAAGUACGGAAGAAAUGGAAGGGCAGAGCCAAGAAGCAGAUGGUGCCAAUGCUGCUACUGUGCACAGCCCUGCUUCAGAAGAGGUAGCUGAAGUCUGUAAAGAUGAAGAAUCUGCAAAAGAUGAUAAUAUUAUAAAAGACAGUGAAGUAACAGAUCAUGCUGUGUGUGAUCAAGAUAAUCCCAAUGGACAAGAGAAUGAUUCAAUGAAGAAUGAAAUAAAAAUUGAGGCAGAGUCACAGAGCUCAUACAUGGAAACAGAAGAGCUUUCAUCAAACCAAGAAGACGCCACAAUUGUGGAGCAACUGGAAGUGAUUCCACUAACAGGUGACCAAGAAGAAAAAGGGGAGAAAGCUCAAGGUGAGGACAUGCCUAGAGUUUCUGUGAAAAGCAAAGGCUCCUGUGACACAGAAAGCUCGACAAGUCUUGAUGUUGAAAUGAAUAGUCAGGUUGACAGUGUAAAUGACCCAACAGAGAGUCAGCAAGAUUAACUAAGAGAGGCACAAGAUGAAGCAAAGGAGCAAAGAAAUGGAAGUCAAUGCCAGUCCUCAGCAUUACAGCCUCUGCGGGCCCUGGGGAAGAGCGGGAAGACAGCGGCAGGAGCUGUGGAGGAGGGUGGGGUGGGGGUAGGCAAGUCCCUUGGAAGGACCGGAAAUCCUUUGCUCUAAUUUCGCCAGCUGUAUUUUGUUCUGUUUACCUGCAGAAAAAAAGAAAACAAAACUUCUUUAAUUUGGUGGGGGACCCACACUAACGCAUCUUUCAGGCUCUAUUCCUGUAAUUUCUGUCUUUUCUCUCACAGCUUUGCACCAGGGUCAUGAUUUAGCACUCAUAUGUGUAGCCUGGGCCCUGCCCGUUUUCUCAGUUAUUUCACAAAGCUGGUCGAACAGUGGUUUCUUCAAAGAAGGAAAGGAAGAUGAUUGUUGCAUAAGCUGCAGUCUAAAUAUCAAGAAUCACCAAGCCCAAUAUCAGUAUAAUCCACAGGCAAAAGAGGCAGAAUAGAAAAUAGGCAAAACCCCAAAUCAUUUGGAAAAAAGUUCAGGAUGAUUAACUGAAAAUGAUAUUGUCUUCAGGGAUUCCCAAGGUUCAGUUUACAGUUUUGGUCCAUGUGUUUAAUGAGGAAUAUGGAAGCAGGGCUUUAUUCAGAACAGAGCACAGAGGUGUACCAAGGACGGCAGGCCACUCUCAGGUCUCUCCUUUCAUCUGUAGGACAGCAUCGGUAUUCUUUGACACUGACUCUUAGCAGAGCUUUCUUGGUUUGUGAGGUCUUUACCAAGUGCUGCAGCACGGAGCCCCCAAUGAGCUGUGACUCCGUUACAGCAUUAAAAGGGAUGGCACUUUUCCAGAUGUUUUAGCUAAGAGGGGACUGCUAUGUUUAGGAUCCAAACAUAUGCUUGUGAAAUUAAAAAAUUACCCUUGAAAUCUCUCUUUACAUAUAUACUUUCCUAAAAGAACAUUAUCUUUACUCAAGGUCUGAUGGCCCGAGGAACAGAUUCUCACUUACAGUUAGAGGCAGUUGGAGAGGUCUUGCUUGCACUUUUGGCUUUCUGGUUCCUUUUAAAUGGUGUGGUUUUCUCAUGCCAAGUCUAAGACCAAUGUAAUAGCUGGUCCCUUCUUUCAGCAGAUUAUGACCUAUAAGGGGAGCAGCAGUACUAAUGAGCCAAGAUACCAGAAGUACAUUGGGCACAGGGAUGAAGGGCCAGGAAAAAGUCUGGCGUUGUCACAAUUUCCAUCCUAGACCCAACAUAAGCAAUGACCUUAUGGGGUAAGAUGACUGCUUCCCACAGCCUCCCUGGCGUUGAAGAUCAUUCUAUUUUUUCCCUGUGGAAACUGUUAUUAUUUCUUGCAUAUCUUCUUAAAUUCAUCUUCCUUAUAAAACUUUAGAAUUAUAAAUUAUUUAUAUAUUUUUUUCUUAGUAGAGGGAUAAAAUUAAUAGAUCAAAUUGAGUAUUUCUAAAAUAAAAGGAUAUUCUGCUUUCUAAAUAUUCCAUGAAAUUCUUCUGUUUUUACCUUUCCUGUAAGGAGAUUCAACUUUUCAUAUUCCUGUGAAUUUUGUGUUGGCCUUUCUGAAUGUAUUGCCCCUCUGCAUGGCCCAUCUGGUGUUCUGGCAUCAACAGCAAGUUGUAUUUCUGCAUAUGUGAUAUGUUUUUUAACAUUCCAUUUUUUAAAACUGCUCAUCAAGCUAGCAGUCAUUCUAUUUAAGUGACCUCAUGAUUUUGGAACAUGGCCAUUGCUCCUUCUGUCAUUUAUUCUGCAGUCCUUCACUGCCAUUAGACAUUGCUUUCUAGGACAAGAAAAGAAAAAGGCUCAUUUUAAAUGAUUCAAGAAAUGAUGCCAUAUUAAUAUAAAUAUUUUUAUAUUUUAUGUCAUCUUUAUAACUUAAUUGAAAGUGACUGUCAUUUUUGUGAAGUACUCGACAAGUACAAUCUGCUAGGAGCACAUUUUUCUGUGACUCCCAAACAUUAGUGCUACUCUUGCUCAGUAAUAUGUUACAGUUCAAAACACAUGAUGGAGAAAAGAGGUGUGGGGACUUUUCAUGGAAUAAGACGAAAUGAAAGAGACCCAAUGUCCCUGCUACAAACAGUGGGACUGGAAUUAUUUUCAUCCUGGUUCUCCUUAUCAUGCAGAACAGCCAUUUUAUUCCUUCAUUUUCAAUGUGGGGGAGGGGGAAGGAGUUCUCUGUCUGAAAACUGCAGAGAAAAGAAAGUAAGCUUUUUGUCUAGGAAACUAAGAGAAUGACGAGUAACUAUCAUCAGUCCCACUCUGAUUUGUUUAAAUUUCAUUUGAUGAUUAAAUUGUGUUGUCAUUUUUAUUUUAUUAUAGUUUUUGGAUGCUAUUGGGCCAUAAGAUUUUAUGCUUUAAAAUAAAUAAUGGAGUUAAUUUCCAUUUUAAUAAUAAAAUAUUACAAAUUUAGUGAUGGGCCAGAUUGAAGGCACCUCAACACAAGAAAUCCUUAUUUCCCUGGCACUGUCAUUGCACAGUGAUACAAUGGAAAAUUGGAAAGGCUGAUCGGUUCUCCAACACAUGAAUUCCAUAGGUCAAUUUCCAACCACACUGCAGCCCAGCUAUGUGGUGUGAGGGGUUACAGGGCAGAGGGGAUAGCCCCAUGUUAGUCAUGUUUGCAUACACAGGAUUGAAGUAGUCUUUCAACAUAAUCGUUCUAAAUAAAAAGGUACUGGUUGUAGGAGAGACAAAGGGGCUUGUCCCCUAGCUGGUAACUAUUCAGAUGACAAACAAUUCUUUCAUAAAAACUUACAAAGGAGGCAUCUGAAACACUCUCUAUGAUACUGGGUCACAUAUUAGGCACUGCAGCUAAUUGUAAAUCUUUCUGUGAAACACUAAAAAGCCUCUUUGUGAAUUAAUACAGUUCUGCUUGAUGCACUUGAUUUGAAGUGACAUUUCCCUGUAUGUGGUGCAUGUUGGCUUUGCUUUGAAAAAUAACCAAGUUAGCAGAAUGUUUAAUAUAUUUUCUCGGGGAAUUGGGUUUUUAUCAUAUGAUUCAUUAAGGAUUUGCCUUACCCUGACAUUUGUGAUAUAAAGAAAAAUCAGAAAAAAAUUAAUUUUCUUGAUCAAGAUAUGUUUUUACUUAAUGCAAAUAAAUGUAGUCUGUUGCUUGCAAGGAAAAAUAUGUCUUCUGAUAUCUGGUAUAAACUGCUAAAUAAAAUAAUCCGUGCCUCUUAUGUUAAACCAGCAUUUAAAUGCUGGACUGCUUCUAAAUUCAUUUCUUUCUUUCAUCUGUGCCAUACACUAAGAAACUUAAACAACUGUUGCCUUUAUACUAUAUUUGUUAGAGCAGAGUACAAAUAAAAUUUGUUUGAGAGGAUAAGGUGGAAUUACCUGUGUAUUGUGAAAUUUGUUACUUAGUCAUGAGAAAUAAUUAAUAACUCAAAAUGUUCAUUUAAUACUAUGCAUUUUGUUGCAAAUAUGUAUUUAAAACUGCCCUGU